UCCUUCCUCUUGAAUCUUCUUCAAGAAAACCAUGGAGCAGAAAAGUGAUUCAUUUCUCUUUGUUUCAUCGAACUCAUCUUCAUAUUCUUCUUCAACAGACAAAGACUUUGAUCUGAUAUACAUGAUUAGUCCCACCGUACUUCUCUACAUCACUCUCCUCUCCAUCAUCUUCUUUGUCGCUGCUUUGAUUCACCUUCUCGUAAAAUUCUUACUUAGACCCCAAACCCGACUUGACGACGCCUAUUAUGGCAUUACAGAGAGUUCUAAUGCUCUGCAAGGUCGGUUUCAAACACGGUUCAAUCUCCAUGACUCAGGAAUUGACCAAUCCUUCAUUGAUGCAUUGCCCCUGUUACAUUACAAGAUCAUGAUUGGUCUUAGACAAGACCUCUCUGAUUGCGCCGUUUGUCUCAGCGAGUUCACAGCCGAAGACGAGCUCCGGCUCUUACCAAGAUGCAGCCAUGCAUUCCACGUGGAGUGCAUCGACACUUGGCUCCUCACAAACUCAACAUGUCCUAUCUGCAGGGACAACCUCGUCCUCCUUGGCCUCACUGCUUCGUCUUCCCCUAUUGUUCUUGCGCAUGAAUCUGAUGGUGAGAAUUCCCAAGACUCCGAUUCGCAGUUCAGGUUAACCCAUUUUGAUGAUGUCGAGUCAAAAUGAGGUAACAUAUGGGGUCAAAACGAUGAACUUAAGCCAUAUUUUGGUCUGUUUGGAGGCAACACAAGGUUUUAAAUUCUUCUUCCUUUGUGAAUGAUAGUAUAUCUAGGGUUUGCCUUCUUUUCCCAUUAGAGAGAAAUUAAUCUUAGCGCGGUGCGAAAUGAUAUUAAUUAGGUGAAUGAGAUGGAUUAUGAUAUAAUACAGAGUCCUCAGUGUA